AUAUAAUUUCAGAAUAUUUAUUCUAAUUCUAUGCCUAUGACCAUGUGGACUAAAUUAUAAAUACUACCUCAAAGUUGAUAAUAAGUAAGGGUUUUAAUAUUAAAGAAAUAUGUUUUACUUAAUUGGUUUAGGAUUAGGAGAUGCGAAGGAUGUUACAGUUAAAGGCUUAGAAAUUAUCAGAAAGUGUGAUAAAGUUUUUUUGGAAGCUUACACUUCUAUUUUAACCGUUGGGAAAGAAGUUCUGGAAGAAUUUUAUCAAAGGCCCCUAAUUAUAGCAGAUAGAGAUUUAUGUGAAAGUAACAUAGAUGAAAUAUUAAAAGAAGCAAAAGUUCAAGACAUAGCUCUUUUAGUAGUGGGUGAUCCUUUAGGAGCCACAACUCACACGGAUAUGUUGCUCCGGGCAAAGGAUUUUGGUGUUGAGACAAUGAUUGUGCACAAUGCUUCCAUAAUGAAUGCAGUUAGUUGUUGUGGGUUACAGCUUUAUAAUUUCGGAGAAACUGUAUCAAUACCAUUUUGGUCAGACACAUGGAAGCCAGAUAGUUUCUUUGAAAAGAUUAUAGGAAAUUACUCAAGAAAUUUACACACUCUUUGUUUGUUAGAUAUAAAAGUUAAGGAACCCACGGAAGAAUCAUUGACAAAAAAGGUUAGACAAUACAUGGAUCCAAAAUUUAUGUCAGUCAAAGAUGCAGCAAGACAAUUAGUAGAGAUAAUAGCAAACAAGAAUAAUGAUAAACAAGAUCUAACACCAGACACGCUUGUGGUCGGCUUAUCCAGAGUUGGUGCACUCGAUCAAAAGAUAGUCGCUGGUAGCUUAGAAUAUAUGCAAAAAUGUGACCUAGGACCCCCUCUACAUAGUCUUGUUAUCCCAGCUCCUAACUUGCACCCACUUGAACUGGAGUACCUUGCUCAGUUCAGGUAGCUGGCUCAUCCCGGUCAAGUGUUUAUUAAAUGAAACCUGUUCUUUAUAAUACAUAUUUAUUGGCUACAAAUGCCAAAAGUUACUCACAACAACAUAUUUUGUUGAACAAGAGAAAUAUUACAUUAAAUAAAUGUUUAAGAAGAAUUUAA